AUGGCUUCAGGUAAAGAGAGUGCUCCUGAAACCUGGGCCGGGAACGGAAAUGGAAGUCGUGCAAUCGCACGCAGAGUUGCUACUCUGCAGCUCCACUUGAACCCUCACCCGAGCUUCAGAUUCGGAGCUGAGACGGGCGACAGUUCAUCUUCCUAUGGUGGAGUCUCGCCUUCCCCCGUGUAUGGAUUCUCCACGGGAGCCGAGGCGCUCUCGGCUCUACCCUUCGAUGCCGAGCAGGAAAUGGUGGAUCCCAACAUCGAUUCGCCGACGCCAAAUGGGGUGAAGCCGCAGGAAUCGACCAGGGACAAAGUGAUUCUCGUCAUCGGGGCAGGGAAUGCAACAGGUGGAGCUGUGGCCAAGCGAUUUGCCAGAGAAGGGUUCGUGGCGUGCAUCGUGAGGAGGCAGAAGGCAGAGCUCAAACCCUUGGCCGACGCAAUCGAGGAGGAUGGUGGCCGAGCACAUUCGUUCGGGGUGGAUGCCAGGAAAGAGGAGGAGGUGGUGAAAUUGGUGGAGCACAUCGAGAGCUCGGUGGGAGACAUUGAAGUUUUGGUGUUCAACAUCGGCGCUAAUGAGAAACGAGGGAUUUUGGAAACCACUGCAAGACUUUACUACAAGGUCUGGGAGAUGGCUUGCUUUGCAGGGUUCGUGAGCGGCAGGGAGGUGGCGAAGCGCAUGGUGGAGAGGAACAGGGGCACCAUCAUCUUCACGGGCGCAACAGCGAGCCUGCGCGGGGGCUCGGGCUUCUCUGCCUUCGCAGGAGCAAAAUUCGCUCUGAGAGCGCUCGCUCAAAGCAUGGCCCGAGAGCUGGGCCCCAAAGGUGUUCAUGUCGCUCACGUUGUUGUCGAUGCUCCCAUCAACACUGCUUGGACUCGAGGCAUGCUCCCAGAUGCCGAUUCUCUCAUCAGCACCGAUCGGGUUGUCGAGCCAGACGAUGUCGCCGAGCUUUACUGGCAGCUGUACCAACAGCCCAGGCGAGCUUGGACUCAUGAAACCGACAUCAGACCUUGGAAAGAACCUUGGUAG